CAGCGGAAGUGGAGCCUUCCGCGAGGGUGUAGGGCCGCCUGGGGCCUGCGAGAAAGCCGGCCUGUAGGGGCGGGGCUGAGCCGAGCCGGUGAUGGGGACUCGGGCGAACGGCGCGGAGCUGCACGCGGAACCGCGACGCAUCCGGGACGCGGCUCAGCGGCGGCGGGUACAGCAGGCGGCCCGCGGCCGGGCGGCCGGUGCAGAGAGCAUCAUGGCAGAACAGGUGGCCCUGAGCCGGACCCAGGUGUGCGGGAUCCUGCGGGAAGAGCUGUACCAAGGUGAUGCCUUCCAUCAGUCCGAUACACAUAUCUUCAUCAUCAUGGGUGCAUCGGGCGACCUGGCCAAGAAGAAGAUCUACCCCACCCUCUGGUGGCUGUUCCGGGAUGGCCUUCUGCCUGAAGACACCUUCAUCGUGGGCUACGCCCGCUCCCGCCUCACGGUGGCUGAUAUCCGCAAGCAGAGCGAGCCCUUCUUCAAAGCCACCCCUGAGGAGAAGCCCAAGCUGGAGGAGUUCUUUGCCCGCAACUCCUAUGUGGCUGGCCAGUACGAUGACUCAGCCUCCUACAAGCGCCUCAACAGCCACAUGAACGCCCUCCACCAGGGACUGCAGGCCAACCGCCUCUUCUACCUGGCUUUGCCCCCCAGCGUCUAUGAGGCCGUGACCAAGAACAUCCACGAGACCUGCAUGAGCCAGACAGGCUGGAACCGCAUCAUCGUGGAGAAGCCCUUCGGGAGGGACCUGCAAAGCUCUGACCAGCUGUCCAACCACAUCUCUUCCCUGUUCCGUGAGGACCAGAUCUACCGCAUUGACCACUACCUGGGAAAGGAGAUGGUCCAGAAUCUCAUGGUGCUGAGGUUUGCAAACAGGAUCUUCGGCCCCAUCUGGAACCGGGACAACAUCGCCUGCGUCAUCCUCACUUUCAAGGAGCCCUUUGGCACUGAGGGUCGCGGCGGCUACUUUGAUGAAUUUGGAAUCAUCCGGGACGUGAUGCAGAACCACCUCCUGCAGAUGUUGUGUCUGGUGGCCAUGGAGAAGCCUGCCUCCACCGACUCGGAUGACGUCCGUGAUGAGAAGGUCAAGGUGUUGAAAUGUAUCUCAGAGGUGCAGGCGGACCACGUGGUCCUGGGUCAGUACGUGGGGAACCCCAGCGGAGAGGGCGAGGCCACCAAAGGGUACCUGGAUGACCCCACAGUGCCCCGUGGGUCCACCACUGCCACCUUUGCGGCUGUCGUCCUCUAUGUGGAGAACGAGCGGUGGGAUGGGGUGCCCUUCAUCCUGCGCUGUGGCAAAGCCCUGAAUGAGCGCAAGGCAGAGGUGCGGCUGCAGUUCCGAGACGUGGCUGGUGACAUCUUCCAGCAGCAGUGCAAGCGCAACGAGCUGGUGAUCCGCGUGCAGCCCAACGAGGCUGUGUACACCAAGAUGAUGACCAAGAAGCCCGGCAUGUUCUUCAACCCUGAGGAGUCAGAGCUGGACCUGACGUACGGCAACAGAUACAAGAACGUGAAGCUCCCCGACGCCUACGAGCGCCUCAUCCUGGACGUGUUCUGUGGGAGCCAGAUGCACUUUGUGCGCAGCGACGAGCUCCGAGAGGCCUGGCGGAUCUUCACACCACUGCUGCACAAGAUCGAGCGUGAGAAGCUCACCCCGAUCCCCUACAUUUACGGCAGCCGAGGCCCUGCAGAGGCAGACGACCUGAUGAAGAGAGUGGGCUUCCAGUAUGAGGGCACCUACAAGUGGGUAAACCCCCACAAGCUCUGAGCCCUGGGCCCCCAUCCCCACCCCUCUUGGCCCUGUCUGUCUCUGUCCUGCCCACCUUUCUGCCACCCAACCCCACAUCAGGAGGACUUCAGGACCAUAGGCCUCAGCGUCACAUUCCCAGCCCCAGGCUCGGGCCACCCCGCCCACCCCGUGCCACUGCUGCCCUGGGCCCAGCUACAUUCCUCAACCACCAAGCACUUGAGACCCAUGCCGUGACUGUCCCCAGCCACCACUGGCCCUGCCUGAGCCAGUUUCUGUCCAUGGGACUGAGCCCCAACGGAAGGAAGGAGAAGAGUGGCCCUCUUGUCUGUUCCAAGGUGCUCGGCCUAGGACAGGAGUUAGGGACGACAAGGAGGAACAGUGGGUGGGCAAGCUCCUUGGAACUUGGGGGAAGGGGGUGAGCACGUCGCACCAGCCUCAGUGCCACUCGACAUUCCUGGUCACCUGCUGGAAGGGACUUCUGUGCUGCCAAGCAAUGCCCUGUGUCUCCGGCCCCCUGAACGUCCCUCUGCCCCACCAGUUCCCCUCACCACCCCAUCUGCACUCCAUGCCCACCCCACCUCACCCCAAGCACAGGUGGUCCCCUCGCUGCUGGAAAAGCAGAAGCAGCCGGUGGGACACCCCAUCUCAGCCCCUGCCAUUAAAUCCACAGAGACCUGCCUAUCCCCUUGUUGUGUCCUUCCUGCCACCUGUGACCAUGGAGGAGUGUGCCUGCACCUGAGGCCAGCUCACCUGGUGGAGGGCCUGUGGCCAUCUGCCUCCCUGGGGACCCAUCCCUCACGCCCUCCCCUUCACCCACUUUCCUCCACAGGGGGCCAGGAGCCAGGGUAUCCUUCACUCCUCGACCUCACAUCCCAGCCGCCCCGAGUCCCCCUUGCAUCCGUGCCCUGCUCCAUGUGAUUUCAUCACGAAACCAGCUUGGGGUACGAGGACAGGUCGUGUUUAUUUUCGCUUUCCAGUUUAUUUUCACCUUCCACCCAAAUGCUUGCACUGCACUUACUGCCAACAUGGGCCUCAGCUGGGUCACUUCACCGUUGACACACACUGCCAGUCCACAGGAGCGAGAAGCAUUUAGGAAGGAGAGACGACAGGAUUUUGUGACUGAUGUUGGCUGCUGAGGAGGGCAGAGUCCAGGGUGGCACCACGGCCUGGCCCCUCCUCUGAGGCAGGCAGCUGGAGUUCUGAGGUCUCGGAGUCUGCUUGUAUUCAUUCCCUGGGGCUGCCGUGAUGAGGCCCCGCACACUGAGAGGCUCCAGAAGACAAAUUGGUUCUCUUCUACCAGUUCUGGAGGCCAGAAGUCAAGGUCGGGCAGCAGUGCCCUCCCUCCGAAGGUGCUAGGGGAGGAUCCUUGUCUCCCAGCUUCUGGUGGCAGCCGGCAUCCUUGGCCUUCCUUGGCGUGUUAGUCACGUCACUCCAGUCUCUGUCUUCACGAGGCCUUCUCCCUGUGUGGGUCUAUCUCCCUCUGUUUUCUCUUCUUGUAAGGACACCAGUCAUACUGGAUUAGGAGCCCACCCUACUCCAGUGUGACCUCAACCUAACUUAGCUUGAUUACCUCUACAAACACCCUAUUUCCAAAUAAGGCCACUUUCUGAGGUUCCAGAUGGACACAGAUUUGGGGGGACACUGUUCAAUCCAGUACACUCCCACCAAAGGCAGCACAUCCUGAGCAUCUGUCCUGCCCUCCCCAGCUCUGCUCUCAGGUGAGUGCCGGGGAGAUGGCAGAACUAUGGUCCCUGCACUCAUGGCCUGGGUUCUCGUGUAGCCAACUGGGCACAAGAUGAACACGUGGUGAUACGUUUUAUGGAGGGAACAAACCAGCAGCCCAUCAAAUGACCAGGGGAGGAAGGCUCCACUCCUGGGGAGGUGAGGACACACACUGGGCCCCUACAGCUGGCAGGGCUUCGUGUUCCAUGAUGGGGAAGGCCUGCAGCAACAAGGCCAGGCCCUCAGGCUGUUAGCAAGAGCUUGGCCACCAUGACUCCUCCCUCCAGCUCAGCUGGGGCCCUUCUCUCCUACACCCCUGCUUGGGAGGGUGAUUGCCCAGGGCUUGGUGCUCCAACUAUCCGAGCCUCUCCUUGGCAUGCCAAUGAGAUCCAGCUGUUCCUCCUGCAUGGUGCCCCUGGGCCAGGAUGGCAACAGUUUUGGGCCAGUUAGGAUGAGAAAGACAGAGAUGCAGCUUGACGGAUGGAGUGCCAGGUCUGGAGGGUGAGCCGAGGCUCCCGCCAGGGACUGCAGGAGCAAUACAUAGACAAAGCAGAAACUCAAAUGGUGGGCUGGCCUGUUCCCCUCCCAUAAGCUAGGAUGGUGCAUGUGUGUGUAUCCCACCACAAACUGCAUGCCGAGGCACCAUUCCCACUCUCCCUGUCUCCUGUGACCAGGGGGGUGUGGGAGGAGGGAGACUACCAAGUCCACCUGGACCCAGCUGAAUAGGGAAGGACGAAGCUUUGUGGGAUAGGGACAGGUUACAGACACUUAAGAGGUGACUUUACUCAGCUGGAAUCUGCACCUCGGGGUGGCUCCUAGCCCAGGUCCAUGCAGAGCAGCCAAGGAGGCUCCAUGUGGACAGGAUGGGGGGGAGCCUUUGGCCAGGGGGGCAGCGGCCUUGGUCCUCUUUCUUGCUCCUUUUGGCUCCAGC